AGGUCAGAUUAGAUUAUACGGGUUUCGGUGUCGUUUUUUUCGUUCUCGUCGAGGUGUUUAUUGUUGUAAAAAAAUAGCUUAUUAAUAAUCGGUAAUCAUGUCAGACGAUGAUUUAAUCGGACCUGCCUUACCACCGUCGUUCAGAAAAAGCAGCAAUGAUGAAUCUGAUGACGAGGAAGGAUGAUGUGCUGUCUUCUCCAAUAGUUGCAGGUCCUGCGCUGCCUCCCGGAUACAAACCGGAGUUGCUCUCCAGCUCGGAGGAUGAAUUUGGCCAAGAGGAGGAGGUGAUCAAGAGACGAAGCAAGACGAGCAGCAAACACGGUCACGGUAGCGGGACGACCAAGGAUGGACCCACCGCAGAAAAACAACACAGAGUGGAAGAGGCGGUGAGUAGAAGGCUUGAGGAUGACGAUGAUGAUGAUGAUGAUGAUGGUUUCUUCGGACCAGCUCUUCCUCCUGGGUUCUCAAAGCCACAGGCUUCACCAGAGAGGCCAGGUGUAUUGGGCCCAGCCUUACCCCCAGGAUUUCACAGACCGGCAUCUGAUGAUGAUGAAGAUGAUGAUGGUGAGGAUGAUUUCCCUCUGCCAGCCCUGCCACCGGGCUACACAGCGGAACCCUCCAGCGGUGAUGAAGAGGAGGAGGAGGAGGAUGAAGAGGUGAUCGGACCCAUGCCUGCUCUUGGUGCCAUCCGGGACUCCGUGGCUCUGGACAUCGAACGCAGAGCUCAGAAGAUGAAGGACAGACUGACAGGAGCAGAUAAUGGUCCGGAGGACGUGGUGCGAGAGACCUGGAUGACAGAGCUUCCUCCAACGCUGCAGCACAUCGGGCUUGGGGCCAGAACCUUCAAGAAGAGGGCUGGACCGGAGAGCAAGGACCGAUCCCUCUGGACCGACACCCCUGCUGACCGAGAACGCAAACUCAGGGAACGACUGGAAGGAAAGGAGAGUGAAGAAACAGAACCGGUCCCUCAACUGUCUCACAAAGAGUUACAGAUGGCUGAGAAAGUGUCCAAAUACAACGAAACCAAGCGUGGCGAGUCUCUGAUCAGUCUCCACGAGAAGCAGAUGAAGAAGAGGAAACUGGACGAGGGAGCCAAGCCGGUGGAGAGACGAGCGUUUGACAGGGACCAGGACUUGCAAGUCAACAAGUUUGAUGAGGCUCAGAAACAACGUCUGUUGAAGAAGUCCCAGGAGCUCAACACACGCUUCGGACACAGCAAGGAGAAAAUGUUCCUCUGAGACGAUAGCUCAGGAUUGGACAUUUUUUGGUCACCUGACCCAGUCAAUGAUUGACGGGAACGUUCCAGGUUGACUUUUAGUACUUUAAAAGGUCCGAUGCUCUAACCAACUGAGACAUACGGGACCUCGCUCAUUCUUUUAGUUCUUUAAAAGGUCCGAUGCUCUAACCAACUGAGACACACGGGACCUCGCUCAUUCUUUUAGUACUUUAAAAGGUCCGAUGCUCUAACCAACUGAGACACACGGGACCUCGCUCAUUCUUUUAGUUCUUUAAAAGGUCCGAUGCUCUAACCAACUGAGACACACGGGACCUCGCUCAUUCUUUUAGUUCUUUAAAAGGUCCGAUGCUCUAACCAACUGAGACACACGGGACCUCGCUCAUUCUUUUAGUUCUUUAAAAGGUCCGAUGCUCUAACCAACUGAGACACACGGGACCUCGCUCAUUCUUUUAGUUCUUUAAAAGGUCCGAUGCUCUAACCAACUGAGACACACGGGACCUCCCUCAUUCUUUUAGUUAUUUUAAAGGUCCGAUGCGCAGCUGUUUUUUUUCUUCAUCUUAAUAGCAAAUCAUUUCUGGGGAACAGUUAAGGACAUUACUGUGAUUUGUUUUCAAUUAAAAUGCAACAAAAUAAAUGAGCAAAAAUAGG